AUGAUGAAUAUUGGUCUUGACAAAAUUGACGCAGACGGUAUUAGUGUUCCGCAACUUAACAAAGAAUCAUUGAAAAGUAAGGACGACGAUAACAAUGAAUUAGAGCCGAAUGCUGAGCAAGUAGAUCAAUCUAAUCCUGAAAAACAAUCUAAACUAAAAUCAAGUGACAAUAAUAAAAAUGAUAUCGUAUCAGAUUGUCGACAAAAUGCUGAACUUGAACUGUUCAAUUUGAUGAAUCCGUUGGGCGCAAGUGAAAAACUUAAACAGCUCAAAUCCAAAUAUAUUACAACCGUCAACGUUUUAACCAUGACUAUUUUCGGUACUAAUCAAUCGAACACUUUGCCAUGGGACGAAGCUCUUGUCACAACAGUAAAAUCGCAAUUACAACUAAGAUACCAAUUUCUCCAACGUGACUGGCCGAUGAUUGAUGAAAGUUCGAAUAAGUUACUUGAUUCCAUUUGUAAGAAACAUCCUAAUCCAUUAUCAUUUCGUUCAUUAUCAUACGACAAACUAGUUUCUAAAUAUUUCUCAGAGCUCCAAGAUGAUCAAGAUUUUCUAAAGCAAAUAAUGGAAAAAGUGUGGAUGGAAGGAAACGAACUGCGAAUGAAGAUGAACGAAUACGACCUACCACCGUCAUUAUUUGAUAAAUUGAAAGAACAAGGUAUAAAUCGAUCUGAUCAAUUGACGGAUGAAGCUCUUGAUGAACUCGUACAAAUGGAUAUAGACAAAAUAGAUGAAAAACUGAAAGACGCCAAAAUCGAAAAGAAAGAAAAGGAUAACAUCCGUAAUACGCAUGCUCAGUUUAAAAAAAGAAUAUCUGAGAUGACAAAGAAAGAAAGCCGUCAGAGUAAAGAGAAGAGGAAAGAAUAUGAAGAACACAAAAUACUUACAGAAGCUGCAAUACAAAAUGCCGAAAAUGUCAAGAAAAGCUUGGAAGGAGACCUUACUGAUAAUAAAGAUCAAGUAAGAACUCUAGUGGACGAACUUAGAAGAACACUCAAGGUUGAUUGGCAGUUUACUGAAACUGAGUUGAAUACUCCCAAAGAAGCAGUACGCCAAGUUCUAAAUGAUCUGAACCAAAUGAAUGUGCAACUGAAUUUGGGCGACGUCUGCAAAUCGGAUGAAGAUCUUGUUAAUAAAAUUAGUGGUGGAAUCGCACUCAACGGCAUACACUUCGCAAAUCCGACAGAAUUGGGAAUAACAGCAAAACGUCAAUUGUUGGCUUGCCCAACUUAUUGUCUACUUAAAAGUUCUGCAAUGGCAGGUUAUACACAGCGAAAAAGCUUUACAAGUUUCGAAGCAUCAAAUCGUUUCGUAAAAACAAUAAAAACGACUGGUUUUACGGCUGCUACUCAUAUUGGAUUCUCUUUCCCGGGUUUACACGCAGAUGGGAGCUUUACUGUCAGUUCAAACAAGAAUUCAGAAUCAUCUACACAAAAAAAGACACAAUCGAGCGUGGCAAUUGAAAUGGAAUGCGCAAUUGUACCAAUAAAAUGUUUUGAAAUACCUCGCGAAGAGAUGAUACUAUCAACGGGAGCCAAAAAUGAACUGAUCAAUGUUGACGAUUUGGUAAAAGCAAGACAUUUUUUAAAAGAAUUUCAAUCGCAUGUGUGUGAAGGGAAGCAACAUAUUGGAGGAAUAUUUAUACGUAAAGUCGAGGUCGCAGCAGAAGAAGAGACCGAUGUACAAGAAUUGCUUAAAUUGGCUGCAAGCAAAAUGGAUGCAAAGAUGAGCGUCGGUGUAGAAAGUCAGGGGUUCAGUGGUGGAGCUGGUUGUACUGUUGGAGUGUCCAAUGCAUACGGGAAAACAAAAGGAACACAGAACAUUAAAAAAAUAUCAACAUCAGAUAUAAAAAUAGAUUAUUUGGGUCCACCAAUGAAUAAUUCAGAUCUAUUCAAAAUAAUGUUACAUUCAAACAACUCCUCGUGGCACGUGAUCGAUCGUGGUGAUUUAACAUCAUUUAUUCCGAUUUGGGAAAUUAUUCUAACACAAGAAAAAUACUCAGCUCAACAAAAAAUGAAAAAAGCAGCACAUUUACUCAAAGAAGCAUCGCUACAGGAGGCCCAACACUAUGACUAUCAUCCAUUGAUUAAAGAGGAAAUUGAACGCGUACAAUGUGGUAAGUACAUUUCGAAUCGUGCAAUGAAACCUAAUUUAACAAGGGCUUUUACAACUCUCAAUGACAAAAAUAAUCUUGAAAUGUAUGAAGCAAAAAUUGUCGUCGGCGAAGUUAGAUUAAGAUUCGAGUAA